UGAUUCAGAAGUGCCAAGUGCUGCUUGACCUUGAGUUGAACCUGCCCAGGAAUGAUGAUGAGGACGGGCAGGGUUUUCUUCCUGCUGAAAAGGGCCUCCUCUUGGGUGCCUUCCUGCGACCGACCGAGCUCUGAUGGCUCAGGCCUCCGGGAGGAGUCUUCGUGAGCCAGAGGCUGAGGAGCUCCGGGUCACGCUGAUCAUGGAGAAGGAGGAGAAAGUCAUCAACAAAGGGGAAGAAGAUGAGAUGAAGAUCUGCGGCUACAACCUCUGCCGGUGGAAGCUGGCCCUGGUGGCGCUGGGCGCACUCUGCACCGGCGGUUUCCUCCUCCUCCUCCUCUACUGGAUGCCCGAGUGGAGGGUGAAAGCGACGUGCCAGAGGGCUCCGCUGAGGGGCUGUGGCGUGGUGCUGCUGCGGACCACGGAUGAAUUCCAGCUGUGGUUUUGUGCAAAGGUGCGCGUUGUGCUCUCUCUGGGACGCCACCCUUUGCAAGCUCCAGAAUGCAUGUCCGAGAAGAUGACCAAUGGCUGCAGUGGCCCCUUGAGCCCCCCAACGACCUUCAAGGAGAAUGACCGAGACCUGAGCAGCAGAGGCUCCCUGGCCCACUUGCAGGAGAUUCGCUAUUUCACCCACCACAGUGUGAAGUAUUUCUGGAAUGAUGGGACCCAGAGCUUCGGCUCCAUGAAGGGUCUGGAUGAUGAGGCCACCCCUUGCUCUUCAAUUCACGGUGAACACAGCAUAGGACUGACCAAAGGAAUCCGGGACUACAGAAAAUUAUUCUAUGGAGUAAAUGAAAUUGCCGUGAAAGUGCCUUCCAUUUUAAAACUGUUAAUUAAGGAGGUCCUCAACCCGUUCUACAUUUUCCAGCUGUUUAGUGUGAUCUUGUGGAGCACUGACGAGUAUUAUUACUACGCAGCAGCCAUUGUGAUCAUGUCGCUCAUAUCGGUUGUGAGCUCUCUGUACACCAUCCGGAAGCAAUAUAUGGUGCUCCACGACAUGGUGGCGGCUCACAGCGUCGUCCGGGUGUCGGUCAGCAGAGCGAACCAAGGUGUGGAGGAGAUCCUCUCCACGGACCUUGUGCCCGGAGACGUCAUUGUGGUCCCUCUGAACGGGAUGAUUAUGCCGUGCGACGCAGUGCUGGUCAGCGGGACGUGCAUCGUCAAUGAAAGCAUGCUGACAGGUGAAAGCGUUCCCGUCACAAAGACCAACCUGCCGAACCCUACGGAGGACCCCAAAGGGGUGGCGGACGAGGUGUACAGCCCUGAAGGGCACCGUCGCCACACCCUCUUCUGUGGCACGACCGUCAUCCAGACCCGCUUCUACGCAGGCGAGCUGGUCAAAGCCGUGGUCGUCCGGACAGGCUUCAGCACUGCAAAAGGGCAGCUGGUCCGUUCCAUCUUGUACCCAAAGCCAACCGAUUUUAAGCUCUACCGAGAUGCCUACCUGUUCUUGCUGUGCCUUGUUGGGGUGGCCGGCGUUGGGUUCCUGUACACAAUUGUCAUCAGCAUCCUCAAUAAGGUUUCCGCCCACAUCAUCAUCAUUGAGUCCCUGGACAUCAUCACCAUCACCAUCCCGCCGGCUCUUCCUGCCGCCAUGACAGCGGGCAUCGUUUAUGCCCAACGGCGUCUGAAGCGGGUCGGCAUCUUCUGCAUCAGCCCUCAGAGGAUCAACAUUUGCGGGCAGCUGAACCUGGUCUGCUUCGACAAGACAGGCACCCUCACGGAAGAUGGCCUGGACCUUUGGGGGAUCCAGAGAGUGGAGAAAGCCUGCUUCCUUCUCCCGGAAGGCAGCGCCUGCAGCGAGAGGCUGGUCAGGUCGCCCUUUGUGGCGUGCAUGGCCACCUGCCAUUCCCUGACCAAGAUCGAAGGAGCGCUCUCGGGGGACCCGCUCGAUCUGAAAAUGUUCGAAGCCACGGGAUGGAUUCUGGAAGAAGCCACAGAAGAGGAAACGGCGCUUCAUAACCAGAUUAUGCCCACGGUCGUCCGGCCCCCUAAGCAGCUUCUUCCAGACUCCAAACCUGCGGCCGACAAAGAAAUGGAGCUCUUUGAACUUCCGGCCAGUUACGAGAUCGGCAUCGUGCGGCAGUUCCCUUUCUCUUCGGCCUUGCAACGGAUGUGCGUGGUGGCCAGAGCGCUGGGGCAAAAGCGGAUGGACGCCUACGUGAAAGGGGCGCCGGAGGUGGUCGCGGGAUUAUGCAAGCACGAAACAGUGCCUGUGGACUUUGAGAGGGUCUUGGAAGAAUACACCAGGCAGGGCUUCCGGGUCAUCGCUCUUGCUCACCGAAAGAUGGAGUCCAGGCUGACCUGGCACAAAGUCCAGCACGUGGGCCGAGACGCCAUUGAGGGCAACAUGGAUUUCCUGGGAUUGAUCGUCAUGCAGAAUAAGCUCAAGCAAGAAACCCCGGCUGUGCUCGCUGACUUGCGUAAAGCCAACAUCCGCACCGUCAUGGUGACAGGCGACAACAUGCUGACGGCCGUCUCGGUGGCCAGGGACUGUGGGAUGGUCCUGCCGCAGGACCAAGUGAUCGUGGCCGAAGCGCUGCCGCCGAGGGAUGGGCAGCCUGCCCGGAUCAACUGGCAUUACGCCAACGCUCUGGCCAAGGGCCCCGAUUCCUCCCCAGCCAUUGACUCGGAGGAAAUUCCUAUCAAACUGGCUCACGAGAGCUUAGAGGAGGUCCACGCGGCCAAGUACCAUUUUGCUAUGGAUGGGAAGUCCUUCGCCGUGAUCCAGGAGCACUUCCAGGACCUUAUGCCCAAGCUCGUGUUGCAUGGAACCGUUUUUGCUCGCAUGGCGCCAGACCAGAAAACCCAGCUGGUGGAGGCCUUGCAGAAUGUCGAUUACUACGGGGGCAUGUGCGGCGACGGGGCCAACGACUGCGGGGCGCUGAAGAGGGCCCAUGGGGGCAUCUCCCUCUCGGAGCUGGAAGCUUCGGUGGCCUCGCCGUUCACCUCCAGGACCGCCAGCAUCUCUUGUGUGCCCAGCCUGAUCAGGGAGGGCCGGGCGGCAUUGAUCACCUCCUUCUGUGUGUUUAAAUUCAUGGCUUUGUACAGCAUCAUCCAGUACGUCAGCGUCACUCUCCUUUACUCUAUCCAGAGCAAUCUGGGAGAUUUCCAGUUCCUUUUCAUCGACCUGGCCCUGAUUCUGGUGGUCGUCUUCACCAUGAGCCUGAACCCCGCCUGGAAGGAGCUGGUGGCGCGGCGGCCCCCGUCCGGCCUCAUUUCGGGGACCCUGCUCUGCUCCGUCCUUUCCCAGAUCCUCAUCUCCCUCGGCUUCCAGGCGCUGGGCUUCCUGUGGGUCAGGCGCCAGCCCUGGUACGAGGUCUGGACGCCCCUCUCGGACGCCUGCAGCCUCCCCAAGGCCCCCUCGGACAACGCCUCUUCUUCGCAGACCAGGAACAAGUCGGACCUCAAUGAGCACAACAUCCAGAACUACGAGAACACCACCGUCUUCUUCAUCUCCAGCUUCCAGUACCUCAUCGUGGCCGUUGCCUUCUCCAAAGGGAAGCCCUUCCGCCAGCCCUGCUAUCGGAACCAUCUCUUCGUGAUCUCCUUGGUGGUUCUUUAUGCCUUCAUGCUCCUGGUCCUGUUGCACCCAGUGGCGUCCAUUGAUUGGUUCCUGGAGCUGGUGUGUGUGCCCUACUCGUGGCGCCUGACGCUCCUCCUGCUGGUCGCCAUCAACGCCUUCGUCUCCCUUCUGGUGGAGGAGACCUCGGCCCGCUGGCGAGGGUUUCCGCUUCCUGCUCUCCUGGGCUUCCAGAAGAAGCCUCCCAAAGCCCGCUACGCCCACCUGGCCCAGGAACUGCUGGUGGACCCCACGUGGCCGCCCAAGCCUUGCAGCACGACCGAGGCCAAGACCCACCCCCCGGCCCACGGAAACGGCUCCUGCCAGAUGAUCACCAUCACGUAGCGGCGGCCGACGGCAGUGGGACCGCGUCCUGUCGCCGUGGUCCUUCGGAAACCCGCUCGGCUGAGGAGCCGGUGAAUCACCCCAGCCCCUCGGGCUGGCCCCACGGCAUCACUGGGGAAGGAGAACCUUGUGCCAGAUGGGGAAGCACGCCCGCCUUUUCCUGCCGGCUCCCCCAGCCUUCCUUCCGUCGGCCGGUCCUGCGUGCCUCGGGGUGUGUGUGUGUCUCUGGGUCCAAGGCGGUGGGGGCCUUUGGUCCUCGUGGACGUGGAGGAGAAAACCGUGCCUGAAGGAGGGGCCGGGGUCCCCUGUGCCCCCCCCUUUCGCCUCCGAGCCUGUUUUUCCCCAGACAGGGAAGCGAACCCAAGAGGGAGAAGGCUGGCCGCUUUGCCCCUUCGCCUCUCCUUUCCCUCUGCACCACCAAGUGCCACAGUUUGGCCCUGCCCUCCCCCCGCCUGACCCGGGCGAAAUGUGCCGGGCCGGGAGGGCUGCUCGCUCGUCCACCCUCGCUCCCUCUGGCUCAAAGCCCUUCAGAUCUCAGGACGUUGUGCUCGGCCUCGGAAGCCUUGGCGUUCACUUUUGGGGCCAACACCAGCCAGCCGCCUUGGGAGUCAGGGGUCGCCCCCCCACUCAUGCAGCGAGGGUGGCCUGCCAGCGUCUCAACCACCACCCUCUGCACAGAUGCUGCAAAUGGGUACCGGCAGGCAGAGUGUCGCCCACAGCGGCCCUCUCCGUGGGCAGAACGGGGCUGCCCUCUGGACCAUUCACCCGUCUAGACAGGAUGAGGCCCAGGCUGCCAGAGAGGACUCGUUCUUCAGCAUGGCCCCACGCAGGGUGCACACUGUGGGUUCAGCUGUGAUGUGGGGGGGAACUGAGAGGCGGGGCGCGAGGUGGUGGGCCUGGAUCAAUGCCUGAGCAGGCAGGGGUCAUCCGAACGGGGACGUCGCGCACCAUCCGUCAAGGACUGGGAGGGGGGAGGCGCUUGGCCCAACGUGUGCCUGCCCCGAAGACCUUCGCCUGCCACCUCUCCUCCUCCUCCUCCACUCUGCCGGGUGACUCUUGGGCAGCCAGCGCCAAGCCACGCGGUCUUCACUCCUGUCGCUUUAUACCUCAACCGAAAGGGCUCAGGUGGAAGACAACUUGGCUCUGUGUGUGUGUUUGUGUUUGUGUGUGAGAGAGAGAUGACGAUGAUGCAGCACCAUUGGCCUGGAUCAUCCGCUACCCUCAUUGUAAGCUUUGCCCAAGGGCACUGCUUCCCUCCUGGGUCUCCCCCCCCCGACCCAUCGCCUGCUUCCUUUGCGGAAGGGGGAGUCAGCCACGGAGGAUCUUCCACCUGAUGGCGCAGGGCUGGCCUUUCCCCACUCCAGUUUAAUGUAUAAAACUGUCCUGUUUCAUUAAAGAGAGGAAGG